AUGGCUACCACAAAUACACUACGAACGAAUGAUAAUUAUGAAAGUGUCAUUUUUAUUUGGUUUAAUUCACAAGAACAAUCGAAUGUCAAUAUGGUUGGACCACUUCGUGCCAUUAACAAUAACGUACAAACGUUUACUGAAUCAUCAUCUUGCUUUGAAAUGAUACAAUCUUCAAAUGAGAAGAUCUUUUUUAUCUCAUCAUUGAAUAAUAAUCAAUUAAUUGCAACUGUUCAUGAUUUUCCUGCUGUCGAAGCGAUUUUUAUAUUGGAUCCAAAUGCAGGUGAUGUUAGAGGGCAUUUUCCUAAACUUUUUGGCAUAUUUACUCAGCAAGAAGAAUUACUCCGACUAGUUAAAGACGUUCUGGAUACUUUCGAGCAAGUUCAACUAGAAGAAUUCUCAUUUGAACAAGAUAAAAUAUUUCUCUGGUCACAAUUAUGGAAAGAAGAGUUAAUAAAUCGUAAAGUAUCGUCCAACAAAAAUGCACUAAUCGAAAUAACUCGACAAUAUUAUCGAGAUAAUUCGCGAAUCAUGGCCGUUAUUGAAGAGUUCGAUAAAUCAUAUCGACCUGCUGAAGUCAUCAAUUGGUGUUCUCGUUCUCCCUUUCCUGCACGUUUUCUUUUUCAUGCGCUACGUUCUCACAACAAAGUACAGCUUAAUGCAUGUCGAUUUCUAUUCGUAGAUGCAACACGUUUCUUUCGUCAACAUCUUAAACAGAAAUCUAGUGAUCAAGUGUAUCGUGGUAUGAAAUUAUCCGAUGCAGAACUUGACAAAUUCGAAGCACAUAUUGGUGAACUCGUUUGUACAAGUGGUUUUUUUCCUUGUACGAAACUAAGAACAAAUGCGUUGACACUUGCUUCAUUACCAACCUAUCGUCCAGAUCUUUCGUCUGUUUUAAUUAAAAUCGACUGUGAUGCAUCAUCUUUAUUCAAUGAAAUAUCGAAUAAACAAACGUCAUCGCUUAUUGUAUUUGAUCCUUGUAUGACAUUUCGUAUCGUUUAUGUUAAUCGAGGACCAAUGUCGGUUAUAAAAAUAAAAACAGCAGGUGACGCUGGCAAGAAAUUUGCUUUGGAAUAUAUGCAAAAUCAUAAGAGUGACACGAUAACAGCAGUACUCGAUGAGCUUCUCAGACCACCUACACCACCUCCGAAGCCACCCACUCCACCACCACCUCCAAAACCGCCCACUCCACCACCACCUCCAAAACCAGUCACUCCACCACCAGCUGAGAUAAUAAAUAUCACACCUUCAUUUAUAACUGCUGAAGAAACAAAAGCAGAACAAUAUGUGGAACAAGGAGAUAUUAAUUUGGCUUUGUCGACUUAUCAGCGUGUUCAACCUAUGACUGCUCGUAUACUCAAUAGGAUAGGCGACUUAUCCGCUGUAAAAAAAAGUGAUUACGAGUAUGCUUUGCAAUGCCAUCAACAAGCACUUAAAAUACAAAAAGAGUCUAAUGAAGAUAUCUCUGGUACUCUCGUUUAUAUUGGAAACGCUCAUCGUGGUCGUCGUGAAUAUGAUAUCGCUCUAAACUUUUAUACUCAAGCGCUUGAAUUACGUCAAAAUAAUCCGAGAACAAGUCCAGCAACUAUUGCCGCUAACUUUCUUAGUAUUAGCAAAGCUCAUUGGGCUCGUCGAGAAUAUCCUCAAGCGAUUGCAAAUGCAGAACAAGCAUUAGCGAUACAAGAAGCUCUCGUACCUCCACAGGAACCAGAGGUUGGUGUGACAUUAGCUUUGCUAGGCAAUUUUCACAGAGAUACUAGUGACUACACUAGUGCCUUGGAUUUAUGCACGCGUGCACUUGAUAUUUUUGAGCGUAUAUUAUCACCAUAUUCGCCUUUAACAGCUGGAGUUCUUUACCAACUAGGAAAAAUUCAUUUGAAUUUAGGAGCAUUAUUUGAUGCUCAGCAAAGUUUAGAACAAGCAAACAAAAUUUAUCGAAGAAUUGUGCCUGCAGGACAUCCAGACCGUGUGUCGGUGGAGAACGCACUUCAGCGUGUUAACCAAUUCUUGGAACAAAAUCAAGAUAAUCAAGGAGGAAAUAGCGUACUCUAA